AUGGAUCUAGAAGUUGUUGGCCGACACGCCCUGCUCUUCGACGACGAUGCCAUGGCGGAGUUCACCAACUCCUCAAGUGCCCUCGUCGAAUGGAACUCUCUCUCAAUCGACCACUACGAUGUUCGUCAUCUCCUUACCGACCCUCUUCCACCGCGUGCCCGUCGGCGACACCAUCAGAAAGAUGCUCUUGAAUCGGAGCUAGAUCUCGAGCGCUACCAGGAUUUUCUGUCGAUUCCCGAUGAGCAAGGUCAAAUUUUCUUUGAUUCUGCUACUUUACAACUUUGCAGAUUUGUGAUUGUAUUCUCUUGGAUUUGCUUUUAUUGCUCUUUGCCCAAGUAG